AUGAUUUUUUUAAAAGCUGUUCGUGUACGUGUCAACAUACUAGUCAGAAUGCUUAGCAAAAUAGACGUUGUCAAUAUGGAAUAUACAAUACAAAUAACAUUUAGAGAACAAUGGCUAGAUAACCGAUUGAAUUACCUCAAUCAUGUUUUUACGCCUCCAAGACCUCUACCCCCGUUUUUGGUUGUUCCGCACGUGAAGGCUCGUAUUUGGUUUCCUGAUACUUUUUUUCCUACGGAAAAAUCAGCGCAUCGACAUAUGGUAUGUAUGGAAAAUUUUUUAGCCGCCUUUCGUAUAACAUAUACAUAA